AUGGACAAUACCCACGCCAUGAUCUGUGGGGCAUUAUUGCUCAUAUUGUUUUUGGGAGCAGUUGUACUUUCUGAAGACAUAACACCCUGCUCCUCCCGUCUUACUUGUGGUGCUUGUCUAGCCUCUCACAAUUGUGCAUGGUGCUCAGACAAAGUAUACAAAAGAGGAGUUCCUAGAUGUGACAAUGUUGAUAACUUGGAAGAAAGAGGUUGUCCAAAAGAAAAUAUUAUUAGUCCAUCAACAUUCUCUGAAAUAUUAGAAAACGAGCAGCUGAGUGAUGCUGGAGCAGUUGCAGGCUCUGCUAUACAAUUAAAGCCCCAAAAACUGAAGCUGUCUCUAAGACCUGGUGACCCUGCUACAUUUACUGUAACUUUUCGACAAGCUGAAGACUAUCCUGUCGAUUUGUAUUACCUAAUGGAUCUUACUUUCACAAUGAAAAAGCACAAAGAAACAUUAGCUGAGCUUGCUGACACAAUAGCUGAGAGCAUGAAUAAUGUUACCAAAAAUUUUCGUCUUGGUUUUGGCUCAUUCAUUGAUAAAGUUGUAAUGCCAUAUGUGGAUAUGGUGCCUGACAGGUUACGUAAUCCUUGUCGAGAUGUGUACUGCAAUUCUCCGUAUGGUUUCAGAAAUCAUUUAUCUUUAAAUGAAGACGUUACUCAGUUCACACAAGAGGUGUCUCGAGCUAAUUUGUCUGGCAAUUUAGACAAUGCUGAAGGUGGUUUUGAUGCUAUUAUGCAAGUCAUUGUGUGCAAGGAAAAAAUCAAAUGGAAUGAUCGUUCUCGCAAGAUCAUUUUAUUUGCUACAGAUGGUAUUUUUCAUUAUGCCGGUGAUGGAAAACUAGGCGGAAUAGUAAAACCAAAUGAUGGAAAUUGUCAUUUAGAUGAAAAUGGUUACUAUACUGAAAGUAUUUAUCAGGAUUAUCCAUCAUUGAGCCAAAUUAAUACAAAAAUUAUUGAAAAUAAGAUACUAAUAAUUUUUGCUGUUCCUGAUGAAGAACUACCAUUGUAUCAAAGAUUAACAACACAUGUUGAAGGUACCUAUGCUGAAAGAUUGGAAAGUGAUGCUUCAAAUAUUGUUGAUCUUAUCCAUCAACAGUAUAAUAAAAUUCAAUCAAAAGUGGAAUUAAAAGACACAGCACCAGACUUCUUAAAGAUUUCAUAUUCUACUAACUGUUUAGGAGAUGAGGUUAAAGAUGGUAACUCAUGUGAAGGAUUGAGAGUUGGAACUACUAUUGAUUUUAAUGUGAAAGUUGAACUUCUGGAGUGCCCUAAAAACAUGAGUCUGUGGUCCAAUCGUGUGCAAAUAUCUCCUGUGGGUUUGAGUGAAUAUGUAUUACUAGAUGUAGAUCUUCUUUGUGAAUGUGAUUGCGAGAAACCAGAAAAUGAAGAAGUAUUAAGCUCAGAAUGCAGUUCUGCUGGUACUUACGAAUGUGGCAUCUGUAACUGUGAGGAUAAUCAUUUUGGUAGAAAAUGUGAAUGUCAAGGAGAUGAUCUUGUAAAAGAGGACAAGUUAUCUUUGUGUCGCAAGUAUGAAAACAGUACACUGUGUUCUGGUCGAGGGGAUUGUGUUUGUGGUGUCUGUGACUGUUAUGCUGGACCUGGAUCAGAUCUGAAAAUAUAUGGAGAGUAUUGUGAAUGUGAUACAUUUUCAUGCGAGCGUGAUUCUGCUGGUCGUGUUUGUGGUGGUGAAGGUAGAGGUCAUUGCUGUGGUGACUGCAUUUGUGAGCCAGGAUGGACGGGCCCAGCUUGUGAAUGCUUGGCCAGCAAUGAUCCCUGCAUUGCACCAGCUGAUCGAGAAACUGGUCGCCUAUGUAGUGGAAGAGGAGAAUGCGUGUGUGGAGAGUGUCGCUGUUUUAGAGAUGAUGAAAGAGGAUAUUUUGGUGGUCCUUUCUGUGAAGAUUGCAGUUUUCAGACAUGUGAAGGUAGAUGUACAGAGUUCCGUGAUUGUGUUCAAUGUAAAGCUUUUGAUUCUGGGUUUCUCAACAAUGAAGAAUGCAUGAAUUGUUCUUUGAUUUCUGAAAUUGUGGAAGAAAUAGGUGAAAUCCAGCCAAAUGAAAGAAAAUGCAUUUUCAAAGAUGAUGAAGACUGUUCCUUUACUUUUGUCUAUAGUUAUGAUGAUAAUAAUAAGCCCAUUAUCCAAGUUCUUCAAGCUAGAGAAUGUCCUUCCAAAGAACCUGUACUAUGGAUAGCAUUAGGAGUCACUGCUGGGGUGUUUCUAAUUGGCUUAAUUGCUUUAUUAAUUGGACGUUUUCUCAUUUAUUUGAAAGAUAAAAGAGAUUGUGAAAGAUUUUUGGAGGAAGUCAAUAAAAAUACAGCUUGGGGAAUGGAAACAAAUCCCAUUUAUAAAGAAGUCAUAUCUGAGUAUCCUAAUCCAAUAUAUGGGGAAUCACAUUAGUUGGACUUAAUUGUGUUGCACAUACUGUCAACUGAUUUCUAAAAUGUG